ACAAACUCUCCUCCUCCAUUGUUGUAUUAAGAAACAGCCGAAUGGCACCGUUCACAGUUUUAUUGAUAUUUACUGUACUUCAUAAGAGUAUGAUGCAUGUCAUCCGUGACCACUGGCCUGGCCCACUGCACUCGCAUCUACGGAUCCAGUCUCUGCACACGCCUAAAACCUGCGCGGUCCUGCGGGGACGGAAGCUUGCAGAACCUACGUCGCUUCGGAAGAAUUCAAGAUGGACAUCCAUAUCCAUGAUCCCACCCGUAGGAAGAUGGACAUCCCACCCGUAUCCGGGCUUGGUCCUCUGACGAGGAAGCUGCAAGGCUCGGGACAGCCGACUUGUCUGGUUUCACCGGACGAGAAACGCCGUAACGUUAGAUGGUCAGUGGAAAAUCUCGGAAUUAUUUUCCGCAACGGUAGUUUUCCUGGCGUGCUGUCGAUGACACACAGACGAAGAAACGCAGCUAGCAUCGACAGCCGACGACAGGUGCGAGCUAAUUCGCCCUCCUGUGAAUAACACUUGGGGACGUAGAGGUGUGUACACCACCAACAAAGGUGGUCCGGUGAGCAGACUGUGGAGGUGCACUUACGCUGUGAGCGAUGUUUUGUCGACCUGAAAAUCGAAUCACCAGAUCAUUUCAAUCCAUUCGGCUGAACGGGCGAGCAAUCGACAGCAGUAUUAUUUCGCAAUACGUGGAUUCUAUCGCCGAGGUUUCCUCGUUCAGCGGACGCAACUAACUUGAACAAAUGAGUGCGGACAUAAUGUGUCGGAUACCCGGUGCGGGUUGUAAGAAGUUAGUCGCACUGGUCGCUGGUAUCAUGCUGGGUAUAAUGUUGACAUGCCAGUCGUCUUCAGCUAAGCCCACCGGUGGUCCGGUUCAAUUGGCGACAAGAAACUAUUCGGUGGAGGUAGUGCUGCCUGUUCCCGAAGAUCCUGUCUCAAGACAGAUCAUUGCUGCCGUAAGAUUGGCCAUCGAACACAGCAACAGUCAACGACUGGCUGGCAUCGGAUGCCAGCUUGUGAUCGGGUCGAUCAUUGAUUCAUUCCAGGAUGCCUGGUCGACCACUGCCAGCCUGGUGAGCGCCGUGCAGGCGCGGAACGGCAGCGAAACCGCCGCUGUCCUGGGUUUGGUGUCGUCCAGCUCUGUGCGAGCACUCACACCAGUCAGCCAGGUGACUGGACUGCCCAUGCUGAGCAUUGCAGCGAGCGAUUCAAGUCUAACCAAGGGCAUUACUCCCAACUUGUACACAAUGUAUCCAAGAAACGAAGAGCUCCCGCUGGCAGUGGUAGAGCUUAUCGGCUUCUACAGCUGGACCGAAGUGGUGUUGCUGAAUUCCGACACCCAUUACGGCGUGAGUUUUCGAGAGAUGUUCUCCGACUUUGCUGCCGAGAAGAGUAUAAACGUCAGUUACCUUGGCAACAUUGACUAUACUGGCGAUGUGCCGUCACAGCAUGUGUACAGUGUACUGGAACAGGUGAAACGCGUGGGGACGAAGAUCAUCAUCUGUAACCUGGCCAUGGGGCACAUGCAGCCAGUUCUCACAGCAGCCAAACAGCUGGGUCUGUUCUCGUCCAGCUUUGCCUGGAUCGGCACGGACUACAGCUACGGCUUGGAUCUGCUCAGUGCCAAGCUGCGAAAUGAGAGUCUACACGGCAUGCUGUGGCUCAGGCCGGAAGUCCACGCCAGUGCGAGAGAAUCUUUCCAGCAGAUGCUCCACUUGCCAACGAGCCCAGGAAGUAAAGAUAACUUAUCACUGCUGUCAAUGUAUGCGUACGAUGCUGUCUCGGGCUUGGCCGCUGCUGUGGAUGACUGCUGUAGUAAUGGGACAUUGAACACUCCUGACUUGGUCAGAUCUAGCAGUCUGCUGGACAAAGUACAGUUGGGACCGACGUUCAUAUCAGCGUGCGUACUCGAUCGACUUCCCAGCAUCAAUUUCACCAGCACCACAGGGGAGACACGCGACCUGUCCAAGCGAUUCUCCGUUCUCAACACGCCGCAGUCCUCGCGGUUUGAAAUCGUCAACAUCGUGCACGGCUCUGCCGUGUUGAUCGGACAGUGGUCUCCGUUAUCGCGCUUAACAAUCGAUGCAGAGAAGGAAGUGGUAUGGCCGGGGAACACCAUACAGAUGCCGGCGGGCAGAGUACUGCUGCAGGGCCUUCUUAAAAUCCUCGUACCAGUCUACUCGCCGUUCAGCUUCAUAGCUGGUGUAGACGAGCGUCCCGGUGAUGAGAACAGCAAGCCAUUGUCGAACUACAGCCAGGAUCAGUACGAGGGCAUCGCGGUGGACAUCAUGCGGCGAGCGGCGCAAGCGGCCGGUUUCUCUUACCAGUUCUAUCUGUACCCGUACUCCAGCUGGACGGCCAUGGUUGCGCUGGCCGGCAACAAAAGCAACGAGUGGGACCUGGCCAUCGGUGGAAUCACGCUCACCAAGGAGCGCUCCAAGACAUGCGACUUCACACGCUCCGUGUACUUGACAGGACUGCGCAUGCUGGUGCUGCGACCGACCGAAGUCCAGUCGAGCAUCUGGGCAUUCGUGUCACCGUUCAGCUGGAAAGUGUGGCUGGUCCUGUUCAUGAUGUUUAUUGCGGUCGGACUUCUCAUGCUUUACUUCGACCCUGCCGGUGUGAAUUUCCGAAAAAAUAGUGGUGUGCCGCUAUCUGACUCUAUGUUCUACUCAUUCAGCAGUUUCUUCUUUACACAGGAGACAGAUGGACUGCAGGCGCCGAUGGGAAGACUCUUCAGUGGUACUGUUCUCUUUGUGGUGCUCAUCAUCUCGGCGGCGUACACCGCUCAACUCUCGUACUACCUCUCAACGCGUGAAGGUACCAGGUCGGUGGAAGAGUUUGCGGACCUGCCGUCGGUGUGGGUGGGUGCGGCGUACGGCGGUUCUAUCUACCCCUAUGUUACCCAGGAGCUGGGCCUGCGUAAGGUGCGCACGGUUACCGGUGACGAGGCCGUACUUGCAGCGUUGCGCUCCGGCCAGAUAGCGGCAUUCAUAUCUGACAUACCAUCACUGGAAGGUGUAGCGGCCAAGGCCUGUGACACUUAUGUUACUGGAAGAAUGACCUACACCCAACAGUAUGCAUUUGCUGCCAAGAAGGACGCGCCAUGGCUGGACGAGGUCAACCGUGCCAUCAGCAUUAUGCUCUCCAAUGGAACGGUAUCACAGCUCUUCUCCAAGUACGUACCGAGCACCUGCUCUAAAGUGACCAGCAUUGACAACAUCAAGCCGCUGACGCUCAAGGACUUGACCUCCCUGGUGCUGCUGGUCGGCGUUGCGGUUGUCCUCAGCGUGGCUGGUAAGGUGACCUACAUGCUCUUCAUCUAUCCCAAGAAGAAGCGUCGCUACGCGAGGAUAGUCGACGAAGCCAGUUCAGUGGCCACCAAGUCCAGUCAGAAGUCCAGCACAACACUGCUCGAGUCCGACUCAUCGAGGGGUGAUUCUGGUGUAGCAGACGUGCAGCCAUACCCAACAGGGAGCCGCGCAGCAUUUGAAUCCCGGCCAUCCUCGGCAGCCCCGGGCUUGUUUCAGCUGCGAGAGAUCAAUGCCGCGAAUAGCUUGGACAGCGGCGGCACCAUUCAGUCCCCGUUCACCGUCCAGCAUCCGGGCAGUGAGGACUCGAGGGAGUUGCCGGUGCCAGACGUUGCAAAUGUAUGAGGCAUGCGCGUGGGCGACUGCAGUGUACAGGGCCCUGAUUGGACACGCCGGUGUCAGCCCCAGCACCAAGCUAUACCUCAAGAACCUCACAACACUUCCUGCGGCCAUUGAUGAAGCCAUGGCAAAAGAUACGGCACUAAGAGUAGGCUCCGAUGAGUCAAUAUUGAUGCAUUCUGCACUGAUGUACAAACUGUUUUAUGCCCGGGCCACACGCAUGUACGCAGAGCAUGCACUGAAUGCACACUGUGAUAGAUCGGAACACUAAAAGCGUGUACUAUUUACUUGAACUCAAGGUUUGCACGGCCACUCCCUGUCCCUGCUCACACCCUAUAGGUUUGUGCUGCUCCGUAUUCAACACGGUCUAUAUUAUUUAAUUUUUUAAGAACACUUGAAUGUUGUUUAUCAUCACGUUCACCAGAUUUAGCAGUAGUAAUUCUGUGCUGUAGAUUGUCCCGCUAAACAAACAAACAAACCGAAGGGACCAACAGCAAACCCACGCCCUAUCACCCUCCUCAAUAUUACCAUCCGCAAAGUCAUAUCUCUUAUUGUUCUAAACCGAAUAUCGAAGCAAGUGUCUAGCUUCCUCGGGCCCACUCAAUCUAGAUUUCGGACAGGCCGCAGCGCUAGUGACGUGGUAUGAUGCAUCCGAUGGCUUGCAGAUAAAGCAACUCGAUACGACUGGGACUGCCGCAUGCAUGUACUAGGACUAGAUAUGUCCCAUGCUUUUGACACACUUGACCGAGCGAAGGUAGUGGAAGUCAUGGCGUGC